AUGAAAAUCCACUCGCCCUCGCCCCAUAAGCAGGUCCCAUCAAAGUGCAAUGACUACUUCUUCAAUUAUUUCACACUUGGAGUGGAUAUUCUCUUUGAUGCAAACACUCACAAGGUGAAGAAAUUUGUCCUGCAUACAAAUUAUCCUGGUCAUUACAACUUUAACAUUUACCAUCGCUGUGAGUUCAAGAUUCCACUAGUCAUUAAGCGAGAUAGUGCUGAUUCACAGACGGAAACAUGUACAACAUACAGCAAGUGGGACAGUAUUCAGGAUCUACUGGGGCACCCUGUAGAGAAGCCAGUGGUACUUCACAGGUCAUCAUCUCCGAACAACACUAACCCAUUUGGGUCAACCUUUUGCUUUGGACUGCAGCGAAUGAUCUUUGAGGUGAUGCAGAAUAAUCACAUAGCUUCUGUUACUCUGUAUGGCCCAACGCGGCCCAGCAGCCAGUUGAGAACGUCGGACCUUCCCCAGUGAGCAUCCCCUGCAAAGUCAGCUAAUCUCAAUGCUACAGAAUUAGUACAGCGUGCCUUGAUUUGCUGCCACUUAUAAUAUGGAAAGCACGUUAUGAUUUAUUUUUUUUUCAAUAAGCCUUUCCACCCAGGAGCGGUGUGGAGAGGAAAUUCUCUCAACCCUUCAUCAUGGGGCAUGGAACUGUUGAUGGAGGAAAGCAGCUUAGGUGCCUGUGCCGUCAUUUAUUCCUCUCCGUUGCCCUCAUCCUAUGCAGCACAGACCUGAAGAGACUGUCCCUCCUUCUCCGCUGGUAGAAGGGGGAAAUGGAAGAGGGGCACGUAAUGACUGCAAGAGUUAGAAGCACAAACUUUCUGAGCCUUGGAGCAUCUGGAAGCAGGUAUUGAUUUUAGUCUGUUUGUGUUACUGUAUUGAUGUGGUGGUCACAUUUUAAGAAAAACGUGUGUGUAUAUAUAUAUAGAUAUAAACACAUCGGUAUUUCUGUGGCUUAGGACAUUGUACCAAGUGUGACAAGGAUGUAUAUAUGUCCAUGAUUUCAGGCACCACAUCUUUAUGUAACUUUAAACCAAGCAAGUAGCAUGUGCAUAAUACUUGGUUGUAACAUUUGCACUACAUACACUUUAAUUACUUGAUAAACGUUUAUCUUCACUGAGGAGCAUCUGUGUACUGGGUGUGAGUGGGGUGUGAUGGUUAUUUAAUGUACACUGCGCAUAAAGCUUAUUUAUACAGUGGAUCAAAUUUAUCCACCUUCCUGCACUAAUAUGUACUUGAUAUGCUGAUACAAUUUUUUUUCUGUCAUGGCUGGUUUACUAAUUUUUUUUUUCAUAUGCAGUUUCAAAGCAAAAAAAAAAAUUCUGGAAGAGGUUAUUUCUCUGAUCGAAUUAUGUUUUAGUGAAAAGAUUUGAUACAAUUUUUUCAUACUAGUGAAAAACUUAACGAAGAAAUAAUAUUGCCUCAUUUGCCUCUGUUCCAAAAUCCUUUCUUCUUCCUCUAUUUCCUUAGAGAAAGAAAAGCUGUAUAUAAUGGUAUUUCAGAACGAAAUUCCCGACCUCUGCCAUCACCAGGAAAACCUUUUUCUGUAACUUUUGAUGUAUGAUUUUAAUUUAUGCCAAAGGUUUAGCCAAAGACAUCCUCGUUGUAGUUUCACCAUUUCUGUACAUAGAUGCUAACUGCACACCCCACCCCAGCAGACAGGAUAUAGGCUUCUUUCUAGUUGGGAGAUGCUGCUCGCGACAUUUUAUCCCAGGAGGAUACUUUAGGUUUCUAGUUCUCUUACCAGUCUUAUUUGGGGGAAAUAGGUGGUCUGUCUUUGAAAUAAUGAACCCUUUUUAAAAAUGGACAAGAGAAAUGUAUAAUUUUAUCCCAUUUUUAAUAUUUUGGUGUCGCAACUUGUGAUACAUAGAUGACAAUUUUGUGAGUUUUACUAUGUGUGUACAGAUUUUGUAAAUAUGACAUUUUUGUAAUUUUAACUCCAUGUACAGUGUAAUCCUGUAUAGUUUAUCAAUGAAUGAGAGAUAGGAAAUCGAAUGUUAACUGAAGUUUUGGAUCCUGGACCAGUAGCAGGGAUAAAUGUGUGUGUGUGUGUGAGAUGUUCUUUGCCAUUUAGUCUUCCUGUAUACUGUGAUACUCUAAACUGUUUUGCUAAAACAAACAAAAAAGCCCCAUGGAGAAUCUAAUGGAUAAGGAAAAAGUUACUGUUUACCUUUAUCCCUAGGUGUCACUCCUGUUGAAUCCCUGUUCAAUCUGUGCUGUCUCCUGUGAUCGUUGCUUGCUAAGAAAAUUCUAUGCCUCAACCUUCCUUUUGUUUCCUCUCUAAUUUUAAUUUCAUUUUACAUAGCCCUUCUGUAAAUUAAAUGGAAUAAUAAUGAGCAUGUACACUGAAAGAAAAAUAAAAAGAGACUCUCAGUUACUGUUUUUGUGUUAAAUACAGUUGCUGGGUGUUUUU